CAGCUACGUGGUGUGCGACGGGUGCAGCAGAUGGCGCCACUGCAAGAAUAUCACCAGCAGGGGCGACCUCUGCAUCUGCGGCAAGAACCUCGCCUGCCUCGUCCCCGACGGUCAUGUCUUCCGUGAAGAUGAUGGCGGGCGGCUGGCAGCACAGCCCCAAGGAGGAAUCUCGCCCAGGACCAGCUGGGCAGAUGGUUGGCAGCCAGGUGGUGGUGCAGGCGGGAAAGGACAAGGAGGCCAACGCCAGCCACCACCUCACGACAAGACAGCCGACCUCAAGGCUGCCGCCGCAGCAGCUUACAGCAAGCUCCACAAGGACGACCCGCUCAGGCAGCACUACGAGGCCCUCUGGCCAGAGCUCGCCGCAGCCAAGCCACCAGCAGACCAACCAGUCGCUGGAUUCAAGGCGGUGGAGGCAGCUGCUCGACGCUUGGACAAACUCCAGAAGAAAGUGCGAUCGGCAGGAGAGCAAGUUGAGAGUGGCCAGCAGUACUUGGCCGAGAGUGAACGCAAGCUUCGUGAAGCCAUGGAAGCCUCCAUUGCAGCCGAAGAUGAGUUCGACAAGCUCAAGGCCACAGUCGGCAAGCAAGAGACACCAGCUGAGCCUGCAGCCGAGAAGCCAACUCUGGCAGCUUUCCUGGAGCAGUUCGAGCAUGAGCCUGACGACUUCCACAAGUGGUCCGAGCCAGACACGGAUGUCUGGCGGGCAGCAAAGGCCAAGGGCGAGCGGAUGGCCCAGACGGUCAAGGAGCACGAGGAGGAGACGGCGAAGCACCUGCGACUGCUGGAGGAGGAGACGGCCAGGCACCAGGAGCAGCUGCGCCAGCUCGAGCAGGCAAGCGAGCCUGCGCCGCCAGCCCAGCCCCUCAGCGAGGUGCCACCGCAUGCACUGAGGCAGCAGGGACAGCUGGCGCGGCUGUGCCCACCGGCGCCGCAGCAGCUGCCCAACCUGGAGCAGGCGCAGCAGAACAUGACAAAGCAGAAGAACGCCGAGCCAGAGUGGAGGCCCACAUCCAGGAGGCGCGAGAGAAGGUCUCGCAGGCAAGGCGCGCCGAGACAGUCGUCGACGCAGAAGGGCAGGGCGACCGCUCAGCAGGGCAGCCGCCCCAAGGCGAGCGUGAAGAAGGCUCGCCGCCCGUGCCGCAUUGACAUCUUCAACGUCGCGACCUGGGGCCCCCAGGCACAGGGCUACCUCAUGGAGAUCAACGACACCAAGGACAGGGAUAUCAUUGGCAUUGCGGAGCACCACCUCCGCCAGCCUGCGCAGAUAAGCAAGGCAAGAGCGGCGAUCAGGAGGAAUGGCACGCACAGCUACUGGACCAAGGCACGGCCAGGAGAAGGAGAAGGCACUCGAGGAGGCACGUGUGCCAUCACGCGAGGACCCCUGGACAUCCAGGACAGGAUUGCGGGAUUCGGCGAGCACUACCUGCACGAGGACGGCAGUGACGUCACGGUGGUGACCUCCAACCUGCACAAGGUCUGUUUCGCAGUGGUUUUCGUCUACCUUGAGUGUGGGACGGGCUUCGGAGAGAGGAAUGUCGACAUCCCCUGCGACCCGCGGGAGAAGAUGGCCGUCUGGGGAGGGCCCUGGGCAGCGCCUGGGGACUUCAACAUGACGCCGUCGGAGCUCAACAACAGUAUUUGGUGGGGCCAGGUGCAUCGACUUCGCGCUGACUCGCAGGGCCUCGCGCCGUACUUCGACCCGCUGGAGCUGCUCAGGGCCGCGCCGUGGAAACCGCACAUUGGCAUCCGCGUGAAGCUGAAGGGGCGGCCCCUCAUGCUCAAGGGCAGGGUACUUCGCAGGCCAGCAGCCAUUAAGCCGCCAGUCGCAGUCGAGAAAAUGCCGAAGUCCAGAGCCGCUUGCAGACGAGCGGCGCGAGGGGGCCAGGAGGCCAUGCGCCGACGACAGCAAGCGUUGGCAGAGGCAGGAUGCGACCUGGACGAGAACGACAUGGAGCCAGUGCCGCAGCUGCACUACGACCAGGAGGUCCAGCACGUCAUCUCUGACGAGCUGUGGCAGGCCACCUCCGAGCGAGUCAGCGCGCGCGCCUACGACGAGCUGCCCCAGCAUUUGCAGCACACAGUCGGCGGCAAGAUGAUGGAGCGGGGCAUGCUGGACCUAGGACAACAGCACGACCGCUUCGCAAGCACCCUCGAACUCAGCCUGCGCGAGAGCAUCGGCAUCCCAGAGGAAGAGCGCGGACGACAUCUCGGGCACAGCAGGCCCCCGAGCUACAAGAGCGCGAGCAUCAAGGGCACCGUCACCUCUACGCCAUGGGCAGGGGUCGAAAGGAAGAUCCAUGCGUGGUGGGCGGAGAUCUCCACCCUGGUGCGGCAGCUCUCGCACCAUGAUGCCCGAGCGCAGGAGGCAGCAGCAAGCCGACUGGGCAAGACCCUGACAAUUCCCGACGAGUACUCAGGACGCAACACCAUGGACACCCAAGAUCACGACCCCUUCGAGGACGAGGAGGACUACUUGGAGUGCCGCCAGGAGAUCGCAGACCAGGAGUACAGCGAUGGGUACCACCAGCACACCGAGGGGCAGCAGGACAGCCUCGAGUUCGGCCAGUCCGACCAAGAGCCGCCAGGCCCAGAGGAAGAGGAGCCACGCGAUAUGGGCCUGCCCCCACCAGACCGCUGGAAUGAAGACCAGCACCAGCGGGAGUGGGAAGACUACGUGGCCAUGAGAGACGACUUAGAGCACUGGGCGGCCAUCUGGAUGGAUAACUUGGUGCAGCUCCCCACGGACAACAGCAACUGGAUGCAGGUUCGCACCCACAGCGGCCACCAGACGCAGCAGCAGAUUAACACAAGAUGGCAGCUCGCGCAGCAGCUCGACCAGCCUGGCCCAGGCAGGAUGAACGAAGAAGGUGCAGCCAAGGACCAGCAGCAGGCCCUCCUCACAGACCUGCGCGCGAUAGCAGAGGGCGCCCUCGUGGACCCAGGGGCGAUCAGCAGGGUAGCAGAGGAGGUAAAGAACAUGGCCAAGCAACUCACAAAGGCGGCGACGAAGGCGCACAUCCACUGGGUGCACGACGCCACGGAAGGCAGUGCUAAGAUGGCCCGCGCCUACACCAAGGGCCAGGUCAUCAACCACCCGCAGCAGCUGGUAGACUUGCGCAAAGAGGCAUGGCAACGCAGGUGGGCACGAGAUGCGCAGAAGGCCGAGAGGAUCCAAGAAGCGCUGGCCAAGCUGAGGCAGGCGGCCUUGGCCCAAGAGAAUGCCCUCGAGCCCAUCAGCAAGGACAUCAUCGGCCCCAUCACCCAGCACCUGAAGCGCAAUGCUGGCCAAGGAGCGGACUGGUGGAGGGCUCCAGAGCUCAAGGCCAUGGGCGCCCAGGGGCUUGAAGACUUCGUGCAGUGCCUGAUCAGCUGUGAGCAACGGGCAGCGUGUCCGUGGCAAUUCUACUUGGUGCUGGAGCUGCUGUUGGGCAAGAAGCCAGGGAUCGGUGGCGAGCGCCCCGUCGGCCUCAUGCCCAUGCCGUACCGCAUCUGGAGCGCAGCCAGGAGGCACAUAGUAGCCACCUGGAGCAAGGCAGCGGCGGGUUUCUGGGAUACGGCAGUAGCAGGCUCCUCAGCGCCAGGAGUGGCAAUGCACAGACUGAUGAGGGCAGAAGCCGCCACGGAGAUGGGCUUCCAUGCAGCAGGAGUCUUCUACGACGCGGCAAACUUCUACGACGACAUAGGCCUCGACCAGCUGAUCGAGAAAGCCAUCGACCUCCAGUGCCCGUUGCUGCCGCUGGCAAUGGCCGUGCAGAUGUACCUUGCGCCCAGGGCCAUCAUGGCCCACAGCUUCUUCUCGGACAUUCUCGAGCCUGCCAACAGCAUGGCAGCUGGCUGUGGCCGAGCGGUCGACCUCACCAGACCGCUCUUGUAUGGCAUCCUGGAUGCAGCGCACAGGCACCGCAUCUUCGUCGCCAUGCAGCAGUACCUGGACGACUUGGCCCUGCAGGUAGAGGGUGCGCGGAGGCAGGUCAUAGACCAGAUCAAGUACGUGGCAGCGCUGGUGCACGAUGGUUUCAAGCAGCUCUCCAUACCCAUCUCCGUCAAGACGGCAGUGGUGGCCUCGGACAAGGACCUCCAGGCAGAAGUCGCCAGCAUCCUGGCCAAGGCCAAGCAGAGGGUGGCCAAGCUUAAGGACCUAGCGAAGACGGACGCCAGAGGUGCGGCAAAGGUCUACUCAGCAGUGGCCUACUGCCAGCAGGCCUGGGACUUGCCAGCGCACGGCAUCACGCCCACGGAGGCGAAGGCUGUCAGGGCCACGGAGGCAGCGCUCCUCACAGGCGGACACAAGGCUGGGCGCUGCACGUCCACCAUCCUCCUGAUUCAGAGGGGAAUGCAAGAGGCAGUAACACGAGCCAUCGGCGACCAGAUCAAGCAGUUCUGGCUCACCAUAGUCGACCACCCGACGGAGCUCAAGAGGUACCAGAGAGGCUGGCUCCUGCUCUACGCCAAGCUGGACGCCCUGGACCCUAACCGCAGGUGGCAGCAGGUCAAGGGGCCUAUGGCAGGGGUCGUCGCGCAGCUGCUUGGGUUAGGACAGCAUGCAGAGGCAGCCAUGCUGGAGACUAUAGCGAUGGGCACCGGGACCAGGGAGCGUCGCAGGGCGGCCAAACUCAACAAAGAAGGCGACGACACCUGCGCGAGAUGCGGCGAGGCGAUAGAGACAGAGGAACACCGCUACUACGCAUGCCCAGCCAACGCAGAGAUAGGGCACAGCAAUGACACCGACCUGGCGAAGAAGGCGAAAGACGCGCUGGACCAGCGGCAAGACCUGCACUUCUGGCUCCGCGGCACCCCGCCAGCGGCCUGGGCAGCCAAGGUCGACCCAGACGAGGACGCGGCGAAGGCGGCGCAGAUCUUCUGCACCAGCGAAGAGGCGCAGGCGGCAGCUCAGUCAGGGUACAAGGCGCGAGCAGACUACGUCUUCACGGACGGCUCGGGCGGUGCAGGGGAAACGGCCAAGGAUCCCCGCCUCAGACGUUGCGGCUGGGCAGUGGUGGCCUUCAGGUUCGACGAGCAAGGACGUCCGCAGGAAGUGGCCGCCUGGUACGGCACGAUCAGGGCACCACACACGGUGCCACGGGCAGAGCUCACCGCCAUGAGCAAAGCCAUCGGGUACACCACGGCGGCGACGACCAGGGGGCUCAACAUAGUCAGCGACUGCAAGUACGCCCUGGACGCACUCAAGCAGAUCCAGGAUCCUGAGGACCCGGACUACAGGAGCACGAACUACGACCUCUGGCUCCAGACGAAGCAGCAGCUGCAGGACAGCACGGACACCAUCAUGGGCCACCAUAUCCCAAGCCACUUGAUUGAGCACCCAGCCGAGCUGGAGAGGUGGAAUGGUCCCACCUGGUGGGUCAUCGGAAACGAGAUGGCAGACAAGUACGCAGGCUGGGGAGCGGAGCAUGGAGCACUGGAUCCAGCCAUCAUCGCGCAGCAGCAGACCAGGGACCAGAUCACCAUGGCGGUGCAAAAUCGGCUGCUGGCCAUCACCAUGGCGGUGACGGUGGAGGACCCCAACAAGGCCCCUCUGCGACCCAAGGCCAAGCGCCGAAAGCCGCAGGCGGCAAGGGACAGGGCAGCCCAACUGGGACACGACUUGCGCAAGCUACAUCCGCGAUGGUGGUGUGCAACGUGUCGCAGUGGCCCAGCCAAAGGACAAAGCAUCAAAGACUGGCUGGCAGAGACGGGAGAAUGCCGCGGGAAGUACGGCGGCCACCAGGACCAGCACGGCAACGUCAGGCUUGACUGCAAGGCGGUGCAGAUCGGCACGCAGGUGGUGGACGCCUCCCACAAGACGCAGUACACCCAUGGCUGGCUCUGGUGCGAGAAAUGUGGCGGCACCAGCUACCUUGGGGACCACAAGAGCAGGAUCGUGGCAGGAGUGGCAAGGAAGCUGGCCAGGCUCGUGGACCACAUGGAGGGCUACGCGGGGCUGUGGGUGAACAUGGUCGACCAGGAGGUCUGGGACGACAUGGGCGACUGGAUGGAGCUCUGCGUACCGUACCUCCUGGCCAUCACCAACGUGGGCGGCAUAAUGGACUCGCAGGAGCAGACCAGGGCUGUCACCGUGCAGGAGCUUCAGCAGAUCAAGGACUUAUGCGAAGAAGUCUGGCGCAACACGCACCGCAAGCGAAGGAGGCUCAUGACCAGGAUGCUUACCCUCCCGUACGGUACAAGGCAGCAGGUAGCAAGAGUGCACAUGGACGCGUUCCAGAACAGAAGGAACAACAUCCUAGCGCACAGCAUCCCCAGCAGCGAGCGCAGGCCGCUGCCGAGAACAGCGGAGGCCAGCAGAGAGUGGUCACCAGAAAACCUGGGCGAUGAUGACUCGACACCAGACAGUGAAGCCCCAGAGCAGGAGGGUGAGCCGAGCGACCAGGAGAUGGAGACCAUGGCAGGACCAGAUCAGAGGAGCGACACCAACAGCCUGAUGCAGACGGUCGUGCAGGUGGCAGUAAAGCUGACCAAACCAGUGGGGCCCGACCUGAUGAAGUUCGUGAGCGAAGCCGAUGAAGCUGGCCUGCUCCACCCAAGGCUUCGACACAAAAGAGAAGCCGACCAGGACCCCGAGCAGGAGGUGGCGUGGCUCGAGAGGAACAGGCUCGAGCAGCACAUGCAGUCGCUGGCAGGCUGCUGGAUCCAGAAAGAGGGCGAACAGGGCUGGCCAUCGUGGCAGGCUGCGUGCGUGCCCCAUUUGCUGAGGGAGCUGCAGACUGGCGUCUACCAGAGGCUGUUCAGCCACGUGUCAGGGCUGAGCGGCCAGCGCAGCCAGCGCCGAGCGGCGGAGGAGAUCUGCCGUAUGGCAUGGCUCAACAGCGGAGAGGCGCGCAGGCAGAGCCAGCAGCAGGACCCGAAGGAGGCAGAGCGGCGCAAAGCAAUUGCUGAGCAGUUCCUGG